AUGGUUUCCAACAAGCUAAUUGCGGCUGUCUUUGCAAACCUGGCCUUGCUAGCUUCUGUCAAUGCUGGCCCUUGCAAACCGCAGAGCAUCGCAACAUCUGCCACUGAGACUGCUUCUGUCACUUUUGCAUCCGACACUACUACUGCGCUUUCCACUACCAUCCAGACCAGUACUGCGAUUACUGCAACCGAGACAACAACAAAAGUAGAGACAACAACCACGUUGACGGAGGAUGGAACAACUAUGAGCGCGUCCGUGAGCGAGGCAUCAACUUCUAUUGCCAUCAGCGAGAGUACGACAGUCGUCAGUAGCAGCGACACUACAACAGCCUCCAGCGUUGAGGUUACUACAGCACCAACCACCACUGAAGGCACGACGACCGCUGCCGAGAGCGCUACAACCACUACUACUGCCGAAGCAGAGUCAACAGAACUCCUCAUUAACGGUAACUUCGAUCUCGGAACAGUCGACCCCUGGCUAUCAGAUAACGAACCCAUUCAACUUGGCUCCUCGUCUCCCUACGAAGGUCCAGCCUAUGCCCUCCUCCAAUUCGAUGUCUCGGAAGAGGGCGAGUCACUCAACAAUGGAGUCUACCAAAAGAUCGACAAGUCCCUUCUCAAAGCAAGCACCUAUCGUCUCUCUGCUCGGCUCCUCGUUGAAUAUGCGACCGAUAGCCAGUUCAACGAUGGGUGCAAUGCCAUGGCUGUCGUCUGUUACUACGGAGACCCUAUUAACAUUAAUCCUGUCCAAGGCGGCGCAAAGACUGUCUCCGCCGACGCUGCUGAUGGGCGAUGGGCUCCUCUGAGUGUUGAUUGUUCACUUAGGCAGGAUAAGCUGGAUCAGUAUGGCUAUCUUAGUGUCUAUAUUGGAUUCAGCUGUGCUGCAGUUCAGGCCGCUGUUGAUGCGGUGACAUUUGAGGAAGUCAUUCUCUAG